GCACCUGUCCCCCUGUGACUCCCAGAGUGCACCUGGUUCCACAUGCAGACCGAGUUUUCCACCGGCUCCUCCAUGUAUAAGAUGGAAUACCCGUACCUAAACACCUACGACUCCUGCAUGGCGGCCAUGGAGGCGACCUACGACUUCAGCUCCUGCAGUCAGGCCAACUCCUUCCAGUACAACCCCAUCCGGAGCGGGCCCUUCACCAACCCGGGCUGCACCCCGCUCAGCACGGCCAGCUGCACCCUGGGAGCCCUGAGGGAGCACCAGCCCACACCGUACACCUCAGUUCCAUAUAAGUUCUUCUCGGACCCGUCAGGCCUGAACGAGAAGAGGAAACAGCGGCGGAUCCGGACCACGUUCACCAGCUCCCAGCUCAAGGAACUGGAGAGGGUCUUUGCCGAGACCCACUACCCGGAUAUUUACACCCGGGAGGAGCUGGCAAUGAAAAUAGACCUGACGGAGGCCCGGGUACAGGUGUGGUUUCAGAACAGGCGUGCCAAGUUUCGUAAGCAGGAGCGAGCAGCCAAUGCCAAAGCCAACAGCUCUGCCGGCGCCACAGGCAGCAGUACCAGCAGCAGCUCCGGGGGGAAGAAGAGCGGAGAGCCCAGAUCCUCAUCAGAUGAUGAUGAAUCCAAAGAAUCCACCUGCAGCCCCACGCCUGACAGCACUGCAUCCCUGACGGGCUCAGCCAGUGGAAACCUGGGGAGCCCAGCCAGCCUGAGCCCCAGCCCGGCCCCUCCCAACAGCUACGUGAACACCUCCAGCUCGCCGGUGCUGCAGGGGCUGAAGCCGCCUAGCUGGUCCAGCCUGGGCCCAUCCAACCCGGCCGUGGCUCAGCCUGCUGCCCAGACUCAGGAGAUUCUGAAGGCCUGGCAGCCGGCGGACAGUAUGACCGGGCCUUUUGCUGGAGUCCUGUCCUCCUUCCACAGAAAACCCAACCCUGCUAUCAAGACGAACCUGUUCUGAAGCACAGAGGAAAAGAAUCUGGAAAAGACUGGAUGUG